CAACGAAUUCCGGUGACACACAACGAAAAUGAUUCUGUUAUCCAUAUAAUGGGUCGUGCUCAUAUUGCACCACCAUAUGUAGUAUCUUCUGUUGAAUGUGAUAAUGAAAUAAUUUUGGAAAGAAGAAAUUGUGCUCAUAAACGUGAAUGUAGUGGUCAAAUUGGAGGCACCGAGGAA